UAGCUGCAAUAGGCUUGUCACCGCCUCUCUGUCUAGCGACACGCCGGAGGGAUCUUCAAAGCAAGUGUCAGAAAUAAGAACAUGUAUGAAAACAUUCCACUGAACAUGCAUCCGUCGCUUAAUGCGCAUGUAUGAGCACGCAUGCAACGGAACGGAUAAAUUUCAAAGCGAGAGCAUUAUUCUUCAGUUCGUUUUAUGGCUGUUGGACUUGGAGGAUGGCCGCUAUCGCCCCAGCUGCAGCUAUUGUCCUAGCUACACACGUCUUUCUCCUACAGACAAUCCACUCACAGCCUGCAGACCGCAUAAAUGCGGUCUCGUCCGUCGGCGAGUUCGAUCUCGACAAAUUCGUGCUGGAGCCCGAAAACCUCGGAGCAACCGACGGAGAUACCCCCGGCAGAAACCACCCCGAAAAAACGGAUGCACAUGCAUAUUUAAACGACGAAAAAGAACCCGUGCGGCAUGCCUACCAUUCAAGCACGGAGCCAGUCGCACCGAAGGGAUCAACGCCCAGACGACGUGAAGAUGACGUCGCGUCCGUCAACAAUUCAGACGAGUCGGCCAUGAAUUUAGACGAUGGCGAGAGAGGCGAAACUCUGCGGAGACGAAUGCUCUUCUCUGAUGACGGAGGUGAUAGCCGAAGCCAAUGGCAGUCCAGGUUGCUCACCUGGGGCACCAGCCCCAAGAAAAGGAGGAAGCACCGAUUUUCCUGGCCCCUCGUUUUCUCGCAAUUUGAAGAUUGAGUUGAUUUAUGCAUCUCCUUACAUUCUCAUUCAUCCUAACUAUUAAACUAUUGAUCUAUCAGUUAAUCAGAGAAAAAUGCGCAAUGUACCACUAGACAAGGUACGAAUUUAAGCAUUCUGAUACAUGUUUCCUAACCAGAAUUUUACGUAGAGCACGAUUCUUUCAUCGAAUAUUACAGAAAUCUAACUAAGAUAUCAAUGUUCUAAUUUUACAUCGGUUACCCCUCGUUGCCCAGUCACAAGGAACACAAUACUCUACGUGAGUCAAAUCGCGCACUACAACGGUUUCGGCAGGCUUCUCAAUCAAACAUUGUUCAUUUCCCAUCCUUUAUUGUUUGAAGUGUAAACAAUUUGCUAUGGCUGAGCCGUAGCGUCAUGAUUGAGAUCGCCAUAUUUUCGUAUCGCAAAGACUGCUACGGUACCGUUUAGUUCACGUAGACCAUUGUGUUUUCAUGAGCGGGAGGUCUGAAUUUACGGCUUUAAAGAACAUUGAGUAUCUUGGUUAGGAGUCUUCUUCUUCUUCUCUCCUUCCACUACUGACGCAUAGCCCUGUGUGGCAGUUCAUCCAGUAUCGAGCACAAUAAAUUAUAUAAAUAUUAAAAAUCUAAAAAUCACUAAAAAUAAAGGGCUCGUCAAAUCUAUUAAAACAGCAUAAAAUCUUCAAUCAUCAUCAGAGUUAGGAGUCACUUUCAGUAAUUUUCGUCGCACGAAUCGUGUUCUGUGUUAAAUUUUGGUCAAGAAACUUGUAUCAGAAUGCUUAACUGCGUACCUUGUCUAGCGGUCUAUUUAUUUUAUAUUUUCAUUUACAGAAAAUGUGUCAGUUUAUCUGAGAAGAGGAGUAAGCAGCGAUUUCCGUGGCUUCUCAUUUUCUCGGAAUUUUAAGAUAAAGUUUAUAUAUGUUAAUUUAAGUGUUUUAAUAAUAUAUUAUCAUAAUAAAAGAU